CAGGUAGCGUUUAUUCUUUGGACUUAAUAUUUCUUUUGUAUCAAUUGGAGACAAAAUCACCAGGAAUCUAGCUUUUUUGCUGCUUAUUUUCAGAACCAUAACCGAAUAAGAAAAUGAGCGAAAAAGUUGUUUAAGAAGGGGUGUAAGAGUAGGGUCCACCUUCACAGAAAACCAGGGAAGAACAAUUUUCUUUGAAUUUUUCUGCUUCUAGUUACAGCUGCACAAGCUUUCUUUCUUUUAAACUGAUUUAGCAGUAUUCACACAUGUAAAGUCAUGCUUUUGGCAUUCUCUGAGGAUAUAUAUAUAUAUAUAUAUAUAUAUAUGUAUCAACAUGAUUCCAAGAAUUCACAGAUGAAACCAGUUUCUGAAGUUGGGUUUUGCUGCUGCUGAACCACGUUGCCCCACCCGUACCCAUCCCAUUGGAAAAUUUUGUUGCUUUAAGCUAAAUUAAUCAUAGAAGGGUACUUGUUUUAGCUAAAGUUCAUUGACUUUGCUCCGGGUUCCGUUGGUAAUGGGGAUUGAAGACUAAUUUUGAGAGAAUUUGUUGGAUUGGCUUGGCUAAGAUCAUUCGUCUUGUGAUUGAGAAAUGGAUGAAAAGGGGGUCUCAGGUUCUUUUGUUGUCAUAUCCAAGGAGAAUAGUGAUAGCUUGUGUCCGAUGUUUUUUGGCGUUUCCUGUGCAUUUUUUGCUCUCAGACUCUUGCCAGAGCCUGAUAUGUGUGAUGAUAAAUGGUCUGAAAUAAGAAAUAGGAUGCUUCAAGGGAGUGCUCACCUCUUGGGACUUCUGGUGUGGAGAGUUCAGAGGGAAGAGGUUGAGUCAGGGAAGUCUAAGCUUCUCCACAAGCUCGAGGCUGCAAAAAAAGAGGCUGAAGAAUUGAAGAAAAUACGAAGUGAAGAUGCAAAAGCUAAUGAGAAAGUUGUCAGCAUAUUUGCUGCCCAAGAACAGACUUGGUUCAAUGAGAGAAAGAAACUCAGACAGCAAAUUGGUGCUCUUGUGAAUGAAUUGAGAGUACUCGAGACGGAGAAGGAUAAAACUAUUUCAGAAUUAAAAGGAAAAUUGCAAGAGAACGAAGUUUUAAUGCAGUCGAAGGAUAAAUCUGUUGAGGAAAAGGAGACUAGGAGUCGGGAAUUAGAGGAAAAUCUGAAGAAGGCUGAAAACCUGGUGGAGGAAUUGAGAGCAGCUGUCAAGCGUGAAGCUCAACUACACUCCAAUGAAAUCUCAAAGCACAAAACUGCAUUUAUUGAGCUCGUAUCAAACCAGCGACAGCUUGAAGCGGAGAUGGGACGGGCUCUUAGGCAAGUCAAAGUAGUAAAGCAAGAGCUUGAUUCAGUACUAGAGCAGAAGGAGAAGUCUAUUUUGAUGACCCAAAAAUUAUCCUUGGAGCUUGUAAAAUUGCGAAAGGAUUUGGAACAGAAAGACCAGAUUUUAUCAGCUAUGCUUAGAAAGUCCAAAUUGGAUACAGCCGAGAAACGAAUGCUUUUAGAAGAAGUAAAAUUAUCGAAAUCUAAAAGAAAGCAACUUGAGCUAGAAACAGCAAGGUGGAAGGAAGUUUCUGAGUCCAGACAUGAAAGAAAUUCAUUAAGAAAUAUGUUGUCUAAGCAUGUAAAUUCAAAGUCAGAUAUACAUUCAGUUGGCGAAGUGGUACAUUCAAAAGCAACAAUGCUACUGGACAUUGGAAAACCCCGUUCAGAGAAAACUGACUUUCUUUCUGAGUACAACCAGCCUAACUUUUGGAAAGGUCCAGAAGCAUUUUCUCCUGUAUCUGAGCCACACUCAACUGAUGGAAGUGAGGAACAGAAGUUUACAACUGAUAUUCUGCACUUGGAAAAUUGGGUCCAAUCCGAGUCUGAAAAAUGCAAGAUUGCAAUUCAAGAGAGACAUCAUAUUGAAAUGGAUGCUUUUGCUGAACAACUGAGACUGAAAGACAAAAAAAUAGAAGCUCUCCGUUGGCAUUUGUUGAGCAUGGAACUGGAAUCAAAGAGGUUUCAGUCGCACGUUGAGGGGCUUGAUCACGAGCUGGCUCGGCUCAGGCAAGAUAAUCCGAAGUUGGAAGCAAGAUUGCUGAACCGAGAAGCAGAAUUACAUUCUCUGAAAGAAAAGUUGGCUUUGUUGUCAAACUCACCAGAUUUUCAGAAAACUAAAUUCAACUCAUCUCUGCACAAGGGAGCUGAAUCCCGUGAUCCUGUUUGGUCUAAAGUAAAGAUCAUAAAAAGAAAACCUGGGAAAAAAGAGCAAGAAACGAAGAUGAAACCUGAGGCAAUAUCGCAAGCCGUGGCAAUUGAGGAGGAAAAUGAAACCUCGGAAAAUAGGCAUCUCAAGGAUAUCGUUUUGACACUUGAAUCUCCGCAGAAGGAGAUAAAAGAAGGGGAAGUUGCUGCCUUUUCCAAGGAUAUUUUGAGUGCUGAAACAUCAACUUCAAUAGGACAGGGUAUAGGUACGAAAACUAAUCCUUCAUGGAAGGUGGAUCUUCAUGCUCUUGGUGUCUCGUACAAAAUCAAAAGGCUGAAGCAGCAAUUACUCAUGCUUGAGAGGUUAACAGGAAAUCAAGAAAGUUGUGAAAAUGGUGAAAGCAACAAUGAUAUACAAUUUGGGAUAAAGGGAUUUUAUGCACUCAUGUCAUUCUUGAAUAAACAAGUUGAUCGAUACCAGUCCCUUCAGGGAAAUACCGACGAUAUUUGCAAACGAAUCGAGAGUGCCCUGGAUUUCAACAGUGGAAGUUCUAAAAUUGCUAGAACUGAGGAGGAAACCAAAAGGCUGGAGCUCUUUCUUGAAGAAACCUUUAAGCUGCAGCGAUAUAUUGUUGCAACAGGGCAAAGACUAAUGGAAGUCCAAACUAAGAUUGCUUCCGGCUUUGAAAGGGACAUAGAAGAAAUCGAAAAGCCUGCUAAUUUUGACAUGAAACGAUUCGCUGAUACUAUUAAAACUCUUUUCAGAGAAGUACAGAGAGGAAUUGAAGUCGGAAUAUCUCGACUCAUUGGGGAUCUUGAGGGAACCCUUGCAUAUGAUAGUAUCGUCCAUUUCCAAAAAUAGCGACAAACUGUGGAUAGUGAAAGAAGAGGCCAAUACAAAGGUUCUUGCCUUGAUAGUGAAAGAAGAGGCCAAUACAAAGGUUCUUGCCUUGCCAUUUUUCUAAUCCUUUGUGGAACUUUUAUGGUGAAUAUGUAUAGCAAAGAAGCUGUUCUAAUGUAUUAAAUUAUUCAUCCAACUAUAGUGCUUAAAAUGAGUAAAAAUACAUAGAUGAUUUAGAAACAAUGGAGCUGGAGCCCUUUUAUUUGGAACGUAUAUGCUUGAAUCAUAUUGUACAUCCAAAAUGUACAGCAUUGUUAACAUUCAAUGGGGUGUAAAAAUCUAUGCCAUUGAUUUUUUUAAGUGUAGUUAAAAUCAAUGGUAAAUAUGUUGGUCAUCUCA